AUGGAUCGAAACAACAAGGCCCACCCCUGCAGAGUUUUAUUGGACAGUGCGUCACAAGCUAACCUCAUCUCGAGGGCCAUGGUGGAGGCGCUGGGCUUGAAGCAGUUCCCGUCCAACGUCACCGUGGCAGGAAUCGACGGCACGAAAACCCACGCUUCAUCGGACAGCGUGGUCCAACUUCGUUCGAGGUACUCCAGCUUCAGCGCGAACAUCAAGUGUUUGGUCACGGAGAGGGUCACGGCCGACCUUCCCACGUCCGCAGUGAACGUGCGCAGCUGGGAGCUGCCACCUGGAGUACAACUUGCGGACCCGUCUUUCCACCAGCCUGGGAAGGUGGAUCUGCUACUGGGCAAUCAACUGUUCUUGAAGUUGCUGAUGCCCGGAGAAGUGCAUUUUGCGGAACACCUGCCAAUGCUACGCGAGACUCAGUUCGGCUGGGUCGUUGGUGGCGUGUGCGAUGAAGAAGACGAAGCUGCAGCAGUGGUUCACUCGCACUCAGCCACACUGGAAGACUUGAACCGCACCGUUCAACGUUUUUGGGAGCUGGAAGAAUACGAAAGUGAUGUGAAAGUGUCAAGUGAAGAAAGUGAAUGUGAGCUGCACUUCACGGAAACACACCGUCGGGAUGCAACUGGGAGGUACGUAGUGGAGCUUCCGCUCAAAGAGUCGGUCGCCGAGCUCGGCGAUUCACGUACGAUGGCGCUGCGAAGAUUCUACGCUCUGGAGAGAAAGCUUGCACAACAGCCGGAGUUGAAGAAGCAGUACGUCGAAUUCAUGGAAGAGUACGAGAAGCUUGGACACUGCAAGGAGAUACAAGAAGGUGAAGAUCCAGCGGGACUCAAGAAGUGGUACCUGCCUCACCACGCCGUUCUUCGCCCGUCGAAUACUACCACCAAGUGCCGCGUGGUGUUCGACGCAUCCGCCAAAGUGAACGGCCUCUCUCUCAACGAUGUGAUGAAGUUAGGUGACCUAAACCAAAGCUCCCUUGUCUCGAUCGUUCUUCGCUUUCGCUUCCCCCGCUACGUGCUGACCACAGACGUGGCCAAGAUGUAUCGGCAAGUCCUUGUCGAUGAAAGGCACACGCCGCUGCAGCGCGUGUUUUGGAGAACCGAUCCAACGAAACCGCUUAGGGUGCUAGAGUUGACGACGGUCACCUACGGCACUGCAUCCGCACCAUUUCUGGCCACACGAGCGCUCCAGCAGCUGGCCAGAGACGAGAAGCAUCGAUUCCCACUAGCAGCCAAGAUCAUCGAGGAAGACUUCUACGUCGACAACGCGCUGUUCGGUUUCGACGACAUUUCACAAGCUUCCGAAGCGCAAUCGCAGCUGAUCCAACUGUGCAAGGCAGGCGGAUUUGAGUUGCACAAGUGGUCGUCGAACAGUCCGGAACUCUUGGAGGCCAUUCCGGAAGCCGAUCGGGAGGAGCUUGUCAGCGUUGGUGGAACUGGAACCAAGGAGGUGAUCAAGGCUCUGGGUCUGCUGUGGAACCCCGCGGCGGACGAACUACAAUUUGCGCCGCUGCCUUCCGAGCGAGGCGGGCGGCCAACGAAAUCGCAAGUGCUCUCGCGUGUCGCGAGCAUCUUCGACCCGGCCGGAAUCGCUGCGCCAGUGGUUCUCGUCGGCAAGUUAUUGAUGAAGCGUAUCUGGGAAAGGGAGAUUGGAUGGAAUCAGCAGAUACCUGAAGAGCUAGUGAAGGAGUGGGAGAACUUCCUGGAUGCAAUCCGGGACCUCAACAAGAUUCGAGUGCCGCGUAGGGUGGUGGCUACGAACGCCGCUGCAAACGAGCUGCACGGGUACGCCGACGCGUCGAAGCACGCGUACGGAGCUUGCGUGUACGUGAAAUCGAUCAUCCCAGGAGCCCCGCGGAACUGA